AUGGCUUGGGGUGAUCUUCCUAAAGAGGGUCGCACAUUGGACCCUCUAGGUGACAACUUGCGACAUGGACUGACUGCUGUCGCUACCCUGGCGUUUAUCUCAUUCUUUUCUGCCAGUAUUCUCUUCUUCUACCUCGUCUACAAACUCACAACAUGGAGCCUUUUCAUCAAAUCACAGUCCGAUGGACACUUGCAGCAACAAACGGGGCCAAUUCAGAGAGCGAUCGACUUUUCACUAGGCAUUGACGGCAUAUUCUCCGACAACAAUGAAGAAACAGGCAAAAAGCCGGAUGGCAGACCCGAACCUCGAAAGCCUAACCAGUUUCUUGUUCUUAUCAUUAACCUGCUCCUCGCCGAUAUGCAUCAAGGUGUAGCUUUCCUCCUCAAUGCCGCAUGGCUCCAAAACGAUGCAAUCCUCGUAGGGACAGCAACAUGUUACACACAAGGACUCUUCGUGUCGCUCGGAGAUUUAGCCUCUAGCAUGUUCAUCACUGCCAUUGCUGUGCACACAUACAUGGCUGUUGUGAAGGGACGGCAGACACCACAGAGGGUGCUGUAUGGCGUUAUCAUAGCGAUUUGGAUAUUCGUCUACGCAAUUUCGCUUAUACCUAUUGCAAUCACUAGCAAUGGUGCAGAGUAUGGAGGCUUCUUUGUCCGUGCUGGCAGUUGGUGUUGGAUGAAUAGGAAGUACGAGAGCUUACGACUCUUCACACAUUACCUCUACAUCUUCAUUGGUCUAGCCACCACCUCAGUCCUGUACACCAUUAUCUUCCUUCACAUUCGCCGUCAAGCUCGCUUACGAUCAUCGGAUGAACACAAUGACACGGACUCCGUACACCUUGAACUCAAUCGCAACCCAGCCUUCCUGAUCUACCCCGUCAUCUACGUCUUGUGCACCCUCCCUUUGGCAGCCGGUCGUAUAGCAACGAUGGCUGGUGCCAACGUACCGAACGGAUACUUUUGUUUUGCCGGCGCAAUGAUUGCCUCCAACGGCUCUUUCGAUUGCUUGCUGUUCGGCACUACUAGAAACACUAUUAUCUUUGCAUCAAAGUAUGACAUUUCCUCAAAUAAUGUUGGUCUAAGUACCUUCACCUUCCUCAAGACACCUACAAACCGAAGAUUCGGAAACACAAUAUCUAUCCAAGGCGGAAGGCAGAAGGAUGAAGAUGUUCAUUCAGGGGGAUGGUGGACGUGGGCUGCAAGGGGAUCUAGUUCCGCCAACAGAAGUCACAGAGGUAUGACCCGAACUACAAGUCAAGAAUCCUUGAGGGGACCGGCUAUCCAGAUGGAUACCGUGACAUCGGUGGUAGUUGAGGUUGAUCAUACUACGGAACGAGACCCUAGAUACCCCGACACAACCACGAGCUCCAAUCCGUCGCUCGUAAGCUCGGAGAAGGACUUUACAAAAGUGGCUGAGAGAAGUUUGGAUAGAUACAGAUAA